UGCUCUCUGGAAGAUUUUUUGGGGCUCAUCAAGAAAAUACAAUAUCGACCUUGAUGGCCCUAAGGAGGUCCACUGGUUGACGGGUGCUUGACCGUGGUUACACUCGUUUUAUCAUACGUCUGACUUUGGGAUGCCAGGGAACGUCCGGGCAUUGUUCGAAGAUGGCCUUGACCACUGCGUGAACCUGGCUGAACAGUAUGGCGGAGCGGUCAAGCUACAAAGUUUAUAUGGAGAAGUAGUGUAUCUAUCUGAUCCACUGGCGCUGUAUCAUGUUAUUACAAAAGAUCAGCAUAUCUUUGAAGAACCUGAUGUAUUUAUCAUGAACAACAAGGCGAUGUUCGGAGAUGGUCUAAUAUCCACUAUCGGAGAGCAGCAUCGAAAGCAACGCAAGCUGCUCAACCCUGUCUUCUCGACCUCGAAUAUGCGAGAAUUACUACCCACAUUGCAACCCAUUGCGCACAAGCUGACCUCUAUCGUUGUAUCUAAGCUUCCGGACGAUGGGUCAUACAAAGAAAUCGAUGUGCUGCCUUUGCUAUCUCGCAGUGCACUUGACGGCGUUUGUCAGGCGAUUCUUGGUUAUCCAAGCAAUACUCUAGAUGCUGCAGAAAACGACGAGUAUACUGAAGCACUCCGGAAGAUGGGGCCCCUGAUAUCAAAGCUCAUGUAUUUCCGGCCAAUUGUUCCAGUAGUUAUGCGCAACUUCUCAUCAUACUGGAUAAGGAAGCUUGUGGAUUUGGUCACGAUGCCCUGGAUUCCCACUGAACGGAUGAAAGAUGUGCGAGAGAUGCGACGAAUCGUUGAACUCAUGGACAGCAGUAGCAAGCAAGUUUUCGCGGAGAAAAAAGCAGCACUGGAGACUUCAGCUACUUUAUCCCCCAUUGAUGUGCAGUCUGAAGUUGAUGAUCUUAAACCGGGUCAGAGGAAAGAUAUGAUGGACAUCAUGCUCAAGGCAAACUCUGCGUCUUCCAGCUCAGAGCAACUCACCGAUGCGGAGCUGUUGGGACAAAUGAACGUUAUGGUAUUUGCUGGCCUAGAUACGACUACCUCUGCUCUGUCUCGUUGCGUUUACCUACUUGCCAAGAACCCACUCGCCCAAGCUCGAUUGAGAAGCGAAAUUCGUGAUGCCAUCAAGCCUGUGUCUCUCGCACAAGACGGUUCUUCGUUUUUCGAACACGACAAUCCACUUAUUUACUUGUCCUACGACGCGCUAAUAAAUCUUCCAUUCCUUGACGGAGUUGUCAGAGAGACAUUGCGGCUUUAUCCUUCUUUUCCGCACAUGGGCCGAAAAGUGCUCAAAGCAACUACUCUUCCACUUCAAUUCCCUGUUCGUUCGUCAUCUGGAGCAGAAAUAUCUUCUAUUGCGGUACAUGAGAAAGCGCUCGUUGUCAUCUCUAUUUUAGCUGCAAACCGCAAUCGAACCAUGUGGGGUGAUGAUGCGAACGAGUGGAAGCCUGAGCGAUGGCUCUCUUCCCCGGGGAGAAAAGAUGAGCCAGACACGGAUGUAUCCUCUGAUGGUGCCGAGGUAUUGUCAUCGAAGCUAUCCGCACCCAUCCUUGGGGUCAAAGGCGGCAUCAGGUACCCUGGUGUUUAUUCCAACAUGAUGACUUUCCUCGGUGGCAGUCGUUCCUGCAUCGGGUUCAAGUUUGCCGAAAUGGAAAUGAAACAAAUUCUUGCCGCGCUUGUACUUCGUCUGCAUUUUGUACUCCCAACUGAUCCGGAUGCCAACGGACAUAUCAAAGAGAUUCAGUGGAAGUUGAAGGCGUUUCACACACCUGUCGUUAAGCCACCAGCUGGGGAUGGGGUAUCACCUACGGUUCCACUCAAUUUUCGACUGGUGCAAGAGGAAGACUUCGAAUGGUAGGAUUGUAUUUGUGCUUGUGAUGUGAUGCUCUGUGGUUUAUUAUAUGCUCUGACGCUCUGUAUAUUAUUUAUUCUCAAACGUUGUACGUGCUUACCAGUUGGUUUGACUCUACCGCUACCACGGUAUAUACUAUUGAAUUGAUAUCAAUGUCUACACGGAGGGAAUCAAUUCGAAAGCCAUAGCUAUCGACCUUCUCAUCGUACGCUCGCAUACCGACCCGCAGUGCGAGG